AUUUGGUUAAACUGUGACCGGACACGACAUAUAAAUCGGUGACACAACGACAACUUGUCAUUGACAAGCAUGAGUGUCAUCAACUUGGGUCCAGACCCGUAUCUGGCUUUUCAGCCAAAUCUGAAACCCCAAACCAAAAAAGAAGACUACAGAAACUUUGCGACGGGGAGUGUUGCCGAUCAUGUGUACAACACAUACAAGCUGAUGCACACCAACCAGAACGUGGACUUUGUCAAGCGAAAGCACUUAGAAUGGAGCGGCUGCAGCCACGCCGAAAUGUCCAUGAUGGACGCAGUCAUGUCUCUGGAUCAGCUAGUGGACGAGUCUGAUCCAGAUGUGGACUUCCCAAACUCCUUUCACGCCUUCCAGACGGCCGAGGGAAUUCGCAGGGAACACCCAGACAAAGACUGGUUCCAGCUUGUAGGUCUGAUUCACGACGUUGGGAAGGUCUUGGCGCUGUGGGGGGAACCUCAGGUAAGAUUUUUUUUUUUUUUUUAUUCUUACCUAAUGUGUGUACUAGGCUAUGAAUACAUUAUGUACAAUUUAUUAACGAUGCAAAUAUUUUCAAAACUGACCUGGGAGAUACUUUACAUGCAUGGAAAAAGUCUUCAUCCUUGUCCACAGUGGGCGGUGGUGGGUGACACGUUCCCCGUGGGCUGCGCCUUCCAAAACUCCAUCGUGUUCCGCGACAGCUCCUUCCAAGAGAACCCGGACGACACAAAUCCCAGCUACAACUCUAAAUAUGGAAUCUACAAACCAAAUUGCGGGCUUGAUAAUGUCCUCUUGUCCUGGGGUCAUGAUGAGUACCUUUACCGCGUUCUGCAGUUCAACAAGUGCAGCAUCCCCGAGGAGGGUCUCAACAUGAUCCGCUACCAUUCCUUCUACCCAUGGCACUCCCAAGGCGACUACAUGCACCUGUGUGACGACAAAGACCUGCAAAUGCUGCCUUGGGUGAAAAAGUUUAACAACUUUGAUCUCUACACGAAAGUGGCCGAGCUGCCCGACAUGGAGAAGCUGCGUCCGUACUACCAAUCGCUGAUCGACAAGUACUGUCCCGGGAUACUGAAGUGGUGAAACGGCAGCCACUAAACAACAAUUUUUUUUUUUUUUUAAUCCAUGCUCAUUUCUACUAUUUAGUAGCUGUAUUUUUUUUUUUGUGUGGACAGUAUGAACGAGUUAUUGGAUAAAAACAGCUUUCAGGACAAUCAUUUAUUUUCUUUCAAUGUUUUUUUUGU